AUGAGUUUUACCAGACAAGUUACCAUUCGCCAUCUCCGUGGGUUUUCAUCUAAAAGCAAUGAAGCGCCGAAAGGGACGGUUAAGACAUUUGAACAGAUUCCGGGACCGAAAGGUCCACUCGGGUUGGGAAAUCUUUUCCAGUACAUCCCAGGAAUAGGGCGUUACAGUUUCGAUGAGUUGCAUCGUUCCGGCGAGGACAAAUAUCGGCAAUAUGGUCCGAUCGUACGAGAGACAAUGGUACCUGGGCAGAAUAUAGUGUGGCUUUACGAUCCGGAUGAUAUAGCUACAGUGCUGGACGAUCGAACGCCGGGAAUGUAUCCAUCCCGGCGCAGCCACACCGCGCUAGAAAAAUAUCGCAAAGAUCGUCCAAAUGUCUACCGUACCGCUGGUCUGCUACCAACCAACGGUUUGGAAUGGUGGAAGAUUCGAUCAGAGCUUCAGAAAGGACUCAGUUCUCCGCAAAAUGUGCGAAACUUUCUUCCCUCAACCGACAAAAUUACGAAGGAGUUCAUUGCUGGUUUAAAAGCGAAAAUGGAAGCAGAACCACAAAGCUCCAGUAUAAAGAGUUUACUGAUUGAAGACGUGAUGCCAUUAAUUUCUCGACUAAAUCUGGAAUUGAUUUGCUUGCUUGCCUUCGGCGUACGGUUGGACAGUUUCUCCGAGGAACAAAUGCUUCCCAACUCAUUAUCCUCUCGCUUAAUGGAAUCAGCCGAGACGACCAACUCCUGCAUAUUGCCCACCGAUCAGGGCUUUCAGCUGUGGCGUUACUUCGAAACUCCCGCCUACAGACGGUUGCGCAAAGCCCAGGAAUUUAUGGAAAAGACUGCCGUUGAGCUUGUGUCACAGAAAUUGCUCUACUUCAACGAGGACCAGCAACGGUUGGCUAGUGGCGAACAUUCGAAAUCGCUCAUGGAGGAAUAUCUGCGCAAUCCCAACCUGGAGCUAAACGACAUCAUCGGUAUGGCGUCCGAUCUGCUUCUGGCCGGAGUGCAUACGACCAGCUAUUCAACUGCCUUUGCACUGUACCAUUUGGCGCUGAACGGAAGUACCGUCCAAGAGCGGCUUUUUCAAGAGGCUAAGAAAAUACUGCCAGACCCACGAGAAAACCGGAUCGGAGCUGCCGUGUUGGGAUCGGAAGCUUCAUAUUGUCGUGCGGUACUGAAGGAAACGCUUCGCCUAAAUCCCAUCUCAAUAGGCGUGGGACGAAUUCUCAAUCGGGACCACGUGCUGGGCGGCUACCAGGUACCACGUGGAACAGUGGUAGUGACGCAGAAUAUGAUCUCUUGCCGUCAGGAUUCUUAUUUCCGUGAGCCUCUUCAAUUCCUGCCGGAACGAUGGAUGCGCGACACAAAGGAGCAAGCACAUCCUCACUUAGUACUGCCAUUCGGACACGGGAUGCGAUCGUGCAUCGCACGUCGAUUGGCCGAGCAGAGUAUGCUAGUGUUGUUUUUGAGGUUGAUUCGCUCCUUCGAAAUCGAGUGGGCCGGGACCGUUCCGAUGGAUGUAAAAACGAAGCUUAUAAAUCAACCGGACCAACCUAUUCGUUUACGAUUUAAAUCAAGAACUGCGUGA